GAGAAAUCUCGAUGGGUUGUUGGUCUUUUGGUCGGGACCUCAAUGCUGUACGCUUCAAGAACCCUAAUGCCCCUCUGUGUUGUCUCCCUGUCACAAGAAAUGGGAUGGGACAAAACAGAAUCAGUAAAAUAUUUUUUUUUCAAUUUUUUUGGUACAAUUUGUGUGUCGUCUUAAAGUCAGUUGUACAUAUGUUCACCACAUUUGGACAUAUGUUUACCACAUGUCGUAAAAAUAUAAAGCAUUUAUUGUCUUUAAUUCCUGCUACUCUGUUGUCCAUGUUUACUAUUAAGUAAGGUAUGUAAAUUUAGGUUUAUUUCAUAAAUACCUUUGUCCUCAGUGUAGUAUUUUAUAAGGAUAUUUUUAAAUGGAAGAAUAUCAUUUAUGCUUUUUGUGUGUGUGUGCCCUUUUUAAAUCUUGUAUUAGAAUAUUGCAUCAGUUUUAAUAACAUUACCUUACAUUCUCUAGGGAACUGUUUUGUCAGCCUUCUUCUGGGGUUACACAAUGACACAGUUCUUAGGAGGCUACCUAAGCGACAGAAUUGGAGGAGAAGUGGUGCUGCCCAUUGCGGCUUGCAUGUGGUCCAUAAUCACAUUUUGGACACCUCAGCUGGCAUACCUCUCCACUGACAAACAUACCUCCCUUCACAUUGUGGUUUUGUCGCGUGUUGCUCUGGGCAUAGCCCAAGGUACGUGUUGCUCUGGGCAUAGCCCAAUGUGUACGUGCUUUGGGCAUAGCCCAAGGUGUGCAUGUUGCUCUGGGCAUAGCCCAAGGUACAUGUUGCUCUGGGCAUAGCCCAAUGUGUACGUGCUUUGGGCAUAGCCCAAGGUGUGCGUGUUGCUCUGGGCAUAGCCCAAGGUACGGAGUAUAAUUAGUUAAAACCUUUCAAAGGAAAAAAAAUUGCAAUAAAUUGGUUUUGUGGACAAAACAGUUAAAAAUAGUCUCAACUUUGUAUUGUGACAUCAAUUGUAAGUGACCAGUAACAUGGAUUGGAAGCUAAUUUGUUUAUUUUAAAUGAACAGAAUCACAUAACAAUCUGGAAAUGUUAUCAGAAAUCAGCACAUGAUUGUUUUUAACAUGUCAUCCUUUUUCUUAUUUUGGACAAUUGUUUUUCUGUUGCAUAGUUUAGUCAGUGGGCUAGAAAUUGAAACUGGUAUUCCAUUUAUGUGUGCUUUCUUGGUUCCCCCCCCCCCCCCCCCUCUGCCAUUAGGAUUUCACUUUCCAGGAAUGACCAGCAUCAUAUCUCGAAAAGUCUUGGAGCAUCAGCGUUCAUUCUUAUACAGCGUUGUGGCAUCUGGCUCUCACUUUGGGUAAUAGUACCCUUUUAGAUACAAACUUUUAGAUAUUUUUAAGACAUGUAGAUGUUUAUCUUUGGAAUGCGUUGACAUAACAGUUUCAUACUGUUAGAACUGACCUCCAAUCUCAAUUCCAUGCCCUUUUGGGGAGAAUAUAUUUAAAUUAUUCAUGAAAUUCACUUUAAAAUAUUCAAUUUUGAUCAAGUCAUAAAUUGUUUAGUAACAGUAGAUCAGUCCAUUAGUUCUAUAGAUUAGUCCAUUAGUUCUAUGGGGAAUUUUUUAGCUCUAAAGGUUACUCCAUUAGUUCUAUAGAUCAUUCCAUUAGCUCUAUAGGUUACUCCAUUAGCUCUAUAGAUCAGUCCAAUAGCUCUAUGCCAAACGAAUUCUUUUUAUUUACGAAUGGAUAAAACCCUGGUAUAUAAGCCAAUGGUAGUGUGGGGAUCAGAAGGAGACGUGUUGUACUGUGUGGAUCUUUCUUUCAUACAUUCAUGAACAGAUAUGUAGAGUUUUUUGCAUUUUUACCAAGUCAUCUUGCCUUCUUUCAUUCAUUCAUUCCAUACAACCAUUAUUUAAAAGGGACAUUUUGUAGUAUCAGUCUUUACUAUGUACUAGUCGAUGUUCAGUUUUGCUGUAAGGCUUGAGUCAUGAUCUUUUAAUGAUUAUUGUGCUACCAUAAGUUAUCAUGAUCAAACGCUGUUAAUGUAGGUUUAUAUUGAUUUUGGCUGGUAUGAAUAGAGUUCAAAUGAUAGGGACUCUUAUGUUAAUCAUGCCUAAUUAUUUUGUUGAGGAUCUAUUCAGCUAAUUGGCCCCUUGUUGUGUGCUACCUUCUUGAAAUGGCCAUCGUCGUCAUCUCCCCCUAGUCAAACACAUGCCACAAUUUAUAAUUGCCGUUCUGUUCCGAGUAUUGGUGGUAUUGGCCACUCCUGAUUAUAAGUGUAUCCUUAAAUUUGCUGUUCACAUAUACCAGUUUUUUAAAAUAGUUAUAUUUUGGCAACAUUCUGUUAGUAGGCCGCACUCUAGUUUAAAGACUUACAUUGGGGGAAAGUUUGGCCUCUCCUCAGAAAAGGAUAAGUUACACACAAAAAAAGUGGUCAGAAGUGCAUAUUUUAGACCUGCUUGACUUUUUAUUUAAAUCUCUCUAAAUAGAUAACAGUAUUUGUAUAAGUAAAAUAAAUAUCAGUAUGAAAUAAUGUUGCAUAAUGAGAUUGGCCAUCUAUGUUAUCAGUCUAUAACACUGUGUAUCCAUGUAACGCACAAAGUAGAGGAAAAAAAAAUUCUGUUCACAUGACUUAACACCCCCCCCCCCCCUUUUUUUUUUUCCUGCAGCUGUUGUGAAAAAUAAGAUUUUCUAAGAUGAUAAAAUCAAUAACUUUGUCAAGUCGUACAAUAUUAAUCUCAAAUCCUGAAUUUAAAUACAGGAAUCUGUAUUACUACAGCUAGCAAAAGAAAUGAUGCAUUAUCCCUAAUUACAUAUAAAUUGUUAUUAAAUUCAUCAUCUUGAGUCCUUUUUUGAAAACAAUUACAAUUGAUCUGUGUAAACAAAAUAUCAAAAUUUGACAAAAAGUUGGACUUUUCAUUUAAAAGUUAUGAUUCAUCCAUUUGGAUGGAUUUUAACAUGUCAGAAUGUCUCCACAGCCAAGAGGAGAUUAUUUCUCGAAUUUUUCCUGUUAUGUUUUAUAGACCCUGAUUGGCGUCAUGUGGAUAUAAGCUGUUUUGAAUGGUUAUUCAUCCUGUCAAAAUCCAUAAAUGAUUAAUCUCUUUCCUCUAAUUCUUUAAUAUGCGUAGUCACACCAAAUUCGAACACAAGUCCUUUUCCAUUAGCAGUGUAACCCUAAUCCAGAAAACAUAUCUAUCAGGGUGCACAUUUAAUCAAACACGUAUAUAAUGCAGCUCGCUAUAUGAAGGAGAAAUAAUUCACAACCAUUCACUAUAAGGUUCUUUCCAUGACUGCUGAACCAAAAUGGACUUACACCAAAGACAAUCUAGACACUACUCAAAAUUACAAUAUAUAUACUCACCAACUUACAGAAAGGAAGGGAGUUUGUUAACUAAACUAACUCUUAAAUACACAAUGCACAAUAAAACACAAUAUCCGUUGGGCAACAAUUACCAGUGAAUAUCCAUACUGACACAUCCAUGUGGCGCUACAGCCCAUGUAGGGCUUUGGCCUGCCUCACCACUUCCCUUUACUCAGACUUUUCCAUGCCUGGAGGAUUCCCAGCUGCUGUAGAUAUUUGUCCACAUCAUCCAUACAUCUAAGCCUAAUAAAGUUACUUGACAUAACAUGCCUUCAAGUAACACACUUUAUAAGAAUCCAUAGUUAACGCUAUUAUUAUGUGCCCCUAUUGAACAUAGUGUUACAGCCAUACAUACAUAACUAGAGAAUUAUUAUUUGUGUUUACCAUCCAUAUACUACACAUAGUGUAAAAUUCUUUUUUUUAAAAAUCAGUUUGAUAACUCAUCGUCAUUUCAUUUACCCAGUGACCAGAGUGCUAGACAUUGAAUCUGUUAGUGGCAAGUUAAACUAGAGUGUUAGACAUUGAAUCUGUUAGCGGCAAGUUAAACUAGAGUGCUAGACAUUGAAUCUGUUAGUGGCAAGUUAAACUAGAGUGUUAGACAUUGAAUCUGUUAGCAACAGGUUCAACUAGAGUGCUAGACAUUGAAUCUGUUAGCGACAGGUUCAACUAGAGUGCUAGACAUUGAAUCUGUUAGCGACAGGUUCAACUAGAGUUUUAGAUAUUCAAUCUUAUAGUGGCAGGUUCAACUAAAGGGCUAGAUAUUGAAUCGGUUAUUGGCAGGUCAAACAGAAUGCUAGACAUUCAUUCUGCCAGUGGCAGGUUCAACUAGUGCUAGACAUUUAUUCUGUUAGUGGCAGGUUCAUCUAGAGUGCUAGACAUUGAUUCUGUUAGUGGCAGGUUCAUCUAGAGUGCUAGACAUUGAUUCUGUUAGUGGCAGAUUCAAAACUUUGUUAAACUUGAAUUUUUAAAAAAUGCAAUAGAAAUUUUUUUAAUUAUUUUGAUGACAUUUUUUUUAGAACACUUUUAACUGGCAGUAUGGGCUCUGUGCUUUUGGAUUAUUUUGGUUGGUCCAUCCCAUUUUACAUAAUAGGUCAGUACUAUUUGAUUAUAGUAUAGUCAUUAUUUUGGUUGGUCGAUCCCAUUUUACAUCAUAGGUCAGUGCUUUUUGAUUAUAGCACAGUCAUUACUUUAGAGUCUUACUGUAACUUGACUCAAAUUCUCAUUUCACCAUUACAUUUUAAGUCAUUAGUGUUGGAUUUUUAUAGUCUUACUGUAACUUGACUAAAAUUUUGAAAACCUUUACAUUAACACUAAUGGAAAAAUAUAUUUUUUUAUAAGUUAAACUUAAAACCAGUAAUUCAGUUUCUUUAUUAACCGUGAGAUUUCAUUCUCACCAAUACUGCCAGGCCUCUGCGGCUUGAUGUGGAUGCUGGUCAUGCGCUACGGCCUGAUAAAUAGACAGCGCAACAAAUUAAUGCUGGUGUCUUUAAAUGAGGCUCAGUUGCUGGACAGCGGUAAGAUCAAAGACUCCAGAGCCUCCGUGCCAUGGGUCCAUCUCUUCACCAAACCAGCGUUUUGGUAAUUAUGUUAACUUAUCGACAGUCUUGCCUCAUCCAUUUUGUUGAUAGAUUUAAAUGUGUAAAUUAUACAGUUAGUGAUUCUUAUCUUUCAUAUUAAGAACAAAUUGGCUUGUGUUAGCUGUUACAAACAUGAUAUUUUUUUAAACACUUUGACAUAUUUUUCUUGUUAUGAAAAAGGUCUUUUGUUGCGUAUUUUUCAUCUAACAAGCCAAAUUAAAACAGAUUAAAUUUGUUAAACCUUAUAAUGUUACGUAACAUCGUUAAACUUUAUAAUGGUAUGUAAGAUUGUAACUCUGUGUUAAUUAAGCCAAUAAGCCUUUGUAUUCUCUCAUUUAUGUCUUUUGCCCUCAGGUCCAUCCUCAUAGGUCACUUUUGUGAAAAUAAUGCCUUCUUUAUUUUAUUGUCUUGGAUGCCUACCUACUUUCAUGAAAAUUUCCCAACAGCAAAGGUUAGUGCCAUCCGAAAUCACUUUAAUAACAGUUUUGUUCCUGCUUAACUUUUUCCAUCUUGGAAUGACCUUUAAAACUUUCUUGGUUUUUGUCAUAAAAUCAUUUGCUUUUCAACUGCAUGAAUGAAAUAUUUGUCAUACUAACAAAUAAGGUUUUCAGAAACAUCUUCUGCAUUUAUUUAUUGGUUUUUUGUAAUUUUGGCGAUAAUCUGCGAAUUUUCAUUUAUUUUAAACAUACUGAUAAUUCACAUUUUUUAAAUAACCUGUAUUAGGCCAGUGGGAAUUGCAAUUUUGAUAUAAUGAAUUGUAUUGCACAGGGUUGGGUGUUCAACGUUGUUCCAUGGGUGGUCACUAUACCAAGUUCUAUAGGCAGUGGUUGGAUAGCAGACAAAAUGAUUACAAAAGGUAAUGCGUUCUUGUUCACAGUUCUGCUAAAAUACGAAGAUGUGUUUCUAUGUCUACUCACCUGUAAACAUUCGUCCUGUGAACCGUUUGUAAAAGUAAAACAAAUUGCCCUCUUUUUCUUUUGAUUAAUUUCCAUUACUUUUUAAAUAGCAACCGAAAUUGCUGAUGUUAUUCAAAUUAAACAUUUUGAAUUUUCCUUGGUCUCCUGUUAAAACAUUAACUAAAUAGAUUAACAUUGUUAAAUUAUUAUUCAAUAAAAUAUUUCUUUAUAGAUGCAAAUGUAAAGAUUUAACGGGUAUCAUUUACCUUUAGCUUAGUUCAAUAUGUAAAGAUUUAACGGGUAUCAUUUACCUUUAGCUUAGUUCUAAAUUUAAAGAUUUAACGGGUAUCAUUUACCUUUAGCUUAGUUCAAUAUGUAAAGAUUUAACGGGUAUCAUUUACCUUUAGCUUAGUUCUAAAUUUAAAGAUUUAACGGGUAUCAUUUACCUUUAGCUUAGUUCAAUAUGUAAAGAUUUAACGGGUAUCAUUUACCUUUAGCUUANUUUUUUUUUUUUUUUUUUUUUUUUUUUUUUUUUUUUUAGAAUUCAUACCACAAUGGGUGGCUGUGCUUGAAACAUACUUAAGAACUGUAUCAAUUGAAAAACUAUCCUCUUUCAAAAUUAUUAUCUUAAUCAGUAUGUUACCGUAACUGUUUUUAUGUAACAUGCUGAAAUGAACAUGUAAUAAGAAGAUGCUCCCAUUUAUUUUGAUCAGUAAAAGAAUCUAAUCUUAUCAUAAUGUGAUACGUUUCACUGCCAGCUUAGGUAGACAUUGUGCAUUUUACAACAUUUGUAUCUGCUUUCCAGACAGUUGCCUUGUGUGGGACAGCUCUCUUCCUGUUCAUCAUCUCCUACGCCAGCAGCUAUUCAGCUUGCUUGAUGUGCAUGGCCUUGGCUGUGGCCUGCUGUGGUUUUCACAACAGUGGUAUUAUGGUCAACCCACAGGACAUUGCCCCUAAACAUGCCGGGUCAGUAUUCGGUGAGUGAAAGCUUGUCCCAUACAAUAUGUGAAGAGCAGAUUUCUCAAAAAGUGUACUACUCAAGACACAGACAUAAAAUGAUUUUCUUAAUUAAUCUUAACAAGCACACAGAGUAAAAAAAAGCUUUAGAUUCUGGGCAUUCUCAUUCUAGCAAUCCACAACCAAUAGUGGACAAUUUAUAGUAGUAAAAACUAGUUGCUUUACUACUGGGCUGGGACAAGGGUGAGGCAAACGAAUCACUUGCCUCAGUUGAAUAACGAGAAAGGUGCUAAAUCAAAGUUUUUAAUACUUAACUAGAAAUUUAAAAACAACAUACACAUUUAUCCUCCUGCCUCAGGUGGAAAUACCUCUACGCUCGGUUCUGUGGCAUUGGCAGGAAACAAUUCUUUGAGCCAGAUGGCAUUUCAAUGUGUGACACAAUAUAUGACAUUAUAAGCUGUGUGCAUCAUAUAAAUAUAUGAAUAAAUAAUACUAAACAUUUCACCAGCAUGUGUAAAUAAAUGUAAUAUGUGAUAAUGUUUUCUUUGACCAGGAAUCAUGAAUAUGGCUGGUGCUAUACCGGGUACGUGACCUCAUUAUUUUGUUUCUUAACCUGUUAUUUCCAAUUCUUUUCAGCUUUUUAGAAAAGCAGUUAAAAGUAUAGUUUUUCAGGCAGUUAAAAGUAUAGUUUUUCAGGCAGUUAUAAGUAUAGUUUUACAGUGAUGAAUACCAGAAUCAUUUAAUUUGCACCUACAGAUCUAAAUCUAUAUUUUAACAAAUGAUAAAAGUUACAAAAAAUUUAAAGACAGUUAUUUAUUCUCUGUCCUCUUUUUAAAAAUAUUUUUUUGCUGAUAAAGACUACCAGCCAAAACGUUUGUUUGUUUUCUUUUGUGAUCUUUCAAGUUUGACCCCACUCUGUGAGUUGUAUGUUAUAAGUUAUGUAACCAUAUUUCCAACCCUUAUAACUUAUAUAUCCAUUUAUCCAACCAUUAUUGUACUCAUAGUUUUAUUUUAAGUGUGUUCGUUGUGUUGCAGGAUUUGUUGGUGUGUACAUUGCUGGGCACAUCCUUGAAGUUACAAAAAGCUGGAACGCAGUUUUCAGCCAGACAGCCAUGGUUUGUUUGUUUGGCUGGGCAGUCUUUAUUAUUUUUGGCACUGGGAAGAAACUUGUUUAAUUUUAUUUGUUACUUAAUGUUGAAGAAUCUUUUUAACCUGACAUCUUGCCAUAUCUGUCCAUAUCCUUUCAUUAAUGUCUGCUGGAUAUCAAAAAUGAAACCUAGUGUGAACAACUCAAUACUUUAUGACAAAGAUCUGAUCCCUGGUUUGUGAAACCAAAUAUAUUUUGAAGUCUACAUCAGAAAAAAUCUCUUUUUCAGCCAAUUAUUUGAAAUUUAUUUGUUUUUUUUCAUCUUAAAAUUAAAUGAACUUUGUAUCAGUGUAAAAGACACUGGACUAAGUGAAUGUAUCAGUGGAAAAGACAUGAAUGGACUAAGUGAAUGUAUCAGUGGAAAAGACAUGAGUGGACUAAGUGAAUGUAUCAGUGGGAAAGACAUAACUGGAAUAAGUGAAUGUAUCAGUGGGAAAGAGAUGACUGGACUGAGUGAAAUGAUGUCAGGAGUCAUUUGACGAAUUCUAUUCUUUAAGGUAAUUAUUAUUAUUAAUGACUUGCGAACAAUCAAACCAAAAACAUAAUUUGUUGCAUUUUUGUAUACAAUGUUUGCAAUAGUAUUUAAGCUCUUUGUUGGCAACACAGCUUCACGCAGCGUGUAGUGUUUUUAAAGUUUCUUACAGGUGACUUACAGUAUGCGCCAAAAUUUACAGUACCGGGUACUGAAACUCUCUCAUCUAAAACGCGUUAUGUGUUUGUCAAUGGUACCUUACUCUAGCCGCCACAUGUUCUAGGUCAGUGGUCCCCAAAUGGCGGUCCGUGGACCUUCACCGGUCUGUAUGCCUAACGCU